UGAACCUUUCCUUGCACAGAGUGCUAGACAGAAUGGCAGUCAAGGCUCCAUGGCUGGGUUUCUUGCUUCUGGUUUCCCUCUGGGGGCUGUCAGCUCCAGCCUUGCUUCUCAGGCGCCUGAGAGAACACAUUCAGAAUUUUCAAGAGAGCUCCAGCCUGAAUCCGGGUUUUGGUCUAAGCCAGGAUCAUGUGGCUGUCCCCAAACAAGGGUGGUUAGAGCAGCCACUGGAUCCCUUUAACGCAUCUGAUAGAAGAACCUUCCUGCAGCGGUACUGGGUGAAUGAUCGACACAGAGCUGGCCAAGACGCACCGGUAUUUCUGCAUUUAGGGGGUGAGGGCAGCCUUGGGCCUGGCUCAGUGAUGGCAGGGCAUCCUGUAGCACUGGCCCCUCCCUGGGGGGCCCUGGUGAUAAGCCUGGAACACAGAUUCUAUGGUCUGAGUAUGCCUUCUGGGGGCCUAGAUAUGGGCCAGCUUCGAUACUUGUCCAGCCGCCAUGCGUUGGCUGACGUGGCCUCCGCCCGCCAGGCGCUCUCCCGCCUCCUCAACGUGUCCUCCUCCAGCCCUUGGAUCUGCUUCGGAGGCUCCUACGCUGGCUCUCUGGCCACCUGGACCCGGUUGAAGUUCCCCCAUCUAGUCUUCGCCGCCGUCGCCUCCUCCGCACCGCUGAGUGCGGUGCUGGACUUCUACGCCUACAACGAGGUGGUGGCCAGAAGCUUGACGCAAGUUGCGAUAGGAGGAUCGCAAGAGUGUCUGGCAGCCGCCUCCGCAGCCUUCGCAGAGGUGGAGCGGCUUCUGCGCGCAGGCCCAGCAGCUCAGGCUGUGCUGAGAGAAGAGCUGGGCGCCUGCGGGUCCUUGGAUCUUACUGAAGACCAGGGGGAGUUGCUGGGGGCGCUGCAGGCGCUGGUGGGAGGUACCGUGCAGUACGACGGGCAGGCGGGAGCGCCGUUAAGUGUGCGCCAGCUCUGUGGGCUCCUCCUCGGGAACUCCGGCAACCGCAGUCGCUCCACGCCCUACCUUGGGCUUCGCCGAGCGGUGCAGAUAGUCUUACGCAGCAUGGGCCAGAGGUGUUUAAGCUUUUCCCGUGCAGAGACAGUGGCACAGCUGAGAACCACCGAACCUCAAGUAUCUGGCGUGGGAGACCGGCAGUGGUUGUACCAGACGUGCACUGAGUUCGGCUUCUAUGUCACCUGUGAGGGUCCUCAGUGUCCCUUUUCCCAGCUCCCAGCACUGCCCUCCCAUCUAGAUCUGUGUGAACAAGUGUUUGGUCUCUCAGCUGCAUCUGUUGCCCAGGCUGUGGCCCAGACAAACAGCUAUUAUGGUGGCCAGACCCCUGGAGCCACCCAAGUACUGUACGUUAAUGGGGACACUGAUCCCUGGCAUGUGCUAAGUGUAACACAGGACUUGGGACCUUCUGAGCCAGCCCUUCUAAUUCCUAGUGCCUCCCACUGCUUCGAUAUGGCACCUAUGAGACCUUCAGACUCUCCCAGCCUCCGGCUGGGGCGCCAGAGAAUCUUCCAGCAGUUACAGGUCUGGCUUAAAGAUAUAAAGAAGAACCAGGAUUGAUGUGGGGUCUAAACCCAGUCCUUUACCAGUCCUGGCAUGGCAACUGCAUCCUGGCAUUUUUCCCCACUGCACAAAAGAAAUCAUUUGGUUUGAAAGGAGGAAGUCCAAAGACUUGGAAUUCAGUGCCUGUUCUGUGUACCUGUUCUUCACUCAUCCUCAUUGCCACCUAGAAGUUGUGGCUUAUCACAGAUCAGUGUAAAUGUAGGACAGUGAUUACUGUCCCGCAGGCAUGCAUAUUCUGUGUGGUAAAUGUCAGGGAAACAUGGCUCUCCAUGCUGGAGCUUUCUACUCAUUCUGCCUUCUUGCUUCUGAACUGGACACCUACUGCACAGGACUCUCCUUCUGUUUCUCUGGGGUCUUAGUCUGCAGUAGCUAAUUAUUGUCAACUUAACUAAAUUUAGAAUCAUCAUGUAAACAACUCUGGACUGUCCUUGAGGACAUAUCCAGCAAAGUUAUACUGAAAAGACUCACCUGAAGUGAUAGUAACAUCCCUGAGGUCCCAACUGAGUAAAAAGGGAAACUGGGUGCCAGUAUUCAUACCUCUCCGCUUUCUGACUGUGGGAAUAAUGUGACCAGUUGUCUCAUGCCCCUGCCACCAUACUUUAGCCACUAUGAUGGACUGUAUCCCUCCUUUCUUAAAUGUUUCUUAUUAGUUAUUUGGUUGCAGCAGCAGAAAAGGGAGCUAAUAUAAUCUGCCUCUGUCUUUUAUGUGUUUCUAGCUGGAGGAAAUGGCUGCACAGUACUUCUCUUUCUCUGUUUCCUUUGGUCUUCCUUUUAGUACCUUCACUCCCUCCCUCUCCCGUAAUCAAAUGUCACUCUCCAGUAUUUCUUGCUUCCUGCCUAAAAUGUCUUGAGUUCUCGGUCAUCAUCCCUAGUUUGGGGACAAGUCCCAAGCCAACUCUUAGGCUGUACCAGAGAUCACUCCUCUGAGCAGCAACCACCAAUAGUAGGAAGGAACAAGUCUAGAAUGGCAGCCUCUAAGAAGCAGGUCAGUAAAGGAAGGCAGGUGUUGAAGCCUGUUCCAACGAGUCAUCUGGGUUACCUGAAACGGGGGUUAAGACAAAGACAAAGAUAACCAGACAGAGUCGGUACUUCUCAGCACACCAAACAUAUAUGAGUUUAUUUCAGAACCUGUUUGUUUAUGUACUAAGGGCAGAAGGCAGAACAAAGCACAAUAUAGUCAGUUGACCACCUCCUAAUCCUUUCCUUGAGCCAAGGAACUGGCAGUCUCAUUAUCUUCUCACGUGUCUCUGACUGCCUGCAGUUUCAUUUCCUAUCACACUGUACAUCUGGCUGCAUCAGCAGCCUGCAUCUUAACUAGAUACUGUGUCAUUUCUCAUGAGCUUAAUCAAAACUUUCUCACAGCUCAAGGAGACUGGAGCAAGCAAGCUGAACUUAUAAGUCAGAAUAGACUCAAGAUGGAAAUUGAGUCACUUGUGAGCUCCCACAGGAGGGUUAGAAAGAAAAGGUGUAUGUAACUAGAGAACAAGUUUCAUCACUUAAUGCUAGCCUUAGUUCUGCUCACAGGAGCUACCCUGGAUCCUUUAUUGGCCUCUAACCACAGUUUAAAGAAAAAAGAUAAAAAUCUCAAACAUAGCCCCCCCCCUUUACCUACAUGCUCCUAAGAGGUUGUCACUCUCCCAGACUUGCAAAGAUAAAAAUGAAACUACAACAACUGAAAAAUGUCUGCAUGGCAAAGGAAACAACAAAAUGCAAUGGUUGCCCAGGGGCUGGGAGAAAACAUACAACUCAUGUGUCAUAUAAGGGGUAAUAUAAAAACAUCAGGAAAUCACACUCAAUAACAAAAGUAAUAGUAAAACAGGCAAAGCUGGGUGUGGUGAUGCACAUCUGUAAUUCCAGUACUCAGGAAGCUGAGGCAGAAGAAUAAUGAGUUGACCAUUAGCCUGGGCUGUACACUGAUCUCCAGCAGUUUGGAAGCACGAAGUUAUUCUCAAAGUUUCUUAAUUUUCUCCUUGUUAUUCUCGAAAAAUAAUUUGCAAUCAUAGACAGAAACUGACUAAACACUUUUCCAAAGGAAGCACAAGAGUGGCCAUUCUCACUGACAUUAAUCACCAGAGAAAGCAAAACAAACCAGAGGAGGCAGCUUGCAGCUUGCACACCUGUUGGGAUGACACUUACUAAAAGUACAAGAGAAAGCAAGUGUUGGUGAGGAAGUGGAGAAAAGGCAGCCUUACACAUUGUUAUGGGGACUGUAAAUUACUACAGAUAUAAUAGAAAACACUAUGGACAAGCCGAAAAGCCUCAAAAAUGAUAUGACCCAGCAACCCCUUUAUUGCGUAUAUUUACAAAGGAAAUUCAAAAUUUAAAAGGUGGCAGAGGAAGAAAUCCCAACCAACAUCCUUUCUUCUCUGGGAUGUGGGACUUAGCUCCUCACAGUGUCUGGGACAGGAAUCCCCACUCCACCUACACCCACAGGGUCGUCUAGCCCAUGGGAUAGCAAAGAGACAGGCUGUACUCCUAUGAAGGUCACCAACUGUUGACCUCUUCUAUCUCUGGUGUGGAGGGUAAAACAGGAAGAACUUUAUUGCUUAAGAUUUUUUGGAUUUACCUGGAGAAAUUUGGGAGGAUGCAUUUGUGCCUGGUGUCCUGGUGUGCACUUUCUGUAGAUUGGGAGACAUGGGAUGGUGGGUAACUCAGCCGGAAUACAAAGCUGUGGAUCCUAACACACAGCUAUAUCUGUGGAUGUUGCCAACUUGCCUAGCCAAGAACAAAAUGUAAAUGCCCAAGCCAUAGCUUAGUAAUCAAAAUGCUUCUACUGAAGCGUUGGUGUGAGACUGGGAAUGGAGUCCCUCGCCACAGUGCCAGCUUAGCCUUUAGGAGAUCCUGGGUUCCAUCACCAGCACCACAAAAGAGAACAUGGUAGAGAUGCUGGGAGAGGAGGAGUAUGAGGUAUGGACCACAUGGCAAUCAUUGCUGCAGAAAAAAUUCCAGAACUUCGACAUUACAGACUUCAUUACAGACUCCAGCAUUCUUUUACUUUCGUUUUAAAUGAUUCUCAUUACUGUGGGGCCCAGAAGAGCUUAGGCAUAUUGCUUGCUGCCUGCUGCCAUGGCAGGCUUAAUAAAAGUCAGCUAAAAAGUAGGUCUGAUUUCAGUUUACUGGCAGACAGUAGCAGGUUCCAGUAAAAGUCAUAAGUUGAUACCAUCCAGAGAGGGCCAGCAUCUAAGGGGAAGUACCUGAUAUUUCAAACAUCCCAACCAUUAAAUACGAUUAGAUAAGAUCACUGGAUGCCCUUGAGCCCAGCAUGUACCUAUUCCCCUUUCAUCUAGACACUCCUAGACAAAUGCCAGCCAAUCAAGGUCUUGAAGCAUGAAAAUUCCUUCACCCCCCAACCUCUACUAUGAUUCAAAAAACAAAAAAACAAAACUACCCCCCACUGAGGCUGGGCACUCUCUGCUCACAACCACUGUUUCUGGACAAAGGUUCUUUGCUUUUGUGCAGACUCUGGUGGUUUUAGGGAGACCCCUCAAUCUGGGGUCUAAUGAUUAUUUGUAAUGGGAGUUUUUUAUGCUUUUUCCUUUGGGAAAUUUUAUGUAGACUUUGAAGGAUGAAGAUGUUUAAAAUGGCAGCCUCUUUAAACAAAAUAAUUCUUUGGAAAAAAAUCCCCACCACCAUGGAACCAGAUAGCUAGAUGAUUCUGCACACAGGAAUCCCAUGGUGCCUUCUUGAUUACACCAAGAACCGGAAAGUUAGAGAUUUAAUAAUCAGACACACCUGUCACCAUGGAUGAAUGCAAUUAGGGAACAGCUCAAUGCUUAUGCUGCAUCUGCAUCUGACUCCUUGAAUGAGAAUUGCUUUUAAAUUGUAGUAAAGUAUCUAGUCCCAAGAAAUCCUUUUCUCAAGGUUAGGUGUUUGGAUAAGAGCCUCCAUUCCCUCAGGGCCUGGAAGAAAGUGUCUGCUUGCUAAAGGGAGUCAUUCUCCUUAUCUCUGGCAGGAAGAAUUUAUGGCCCUUCUAUUAAUGUAGGAGGGCUCCUGGGUACAGUUACUGAACUUUGGAGACAUUUUGAUACUUUGAAGUAUUUAGAUACUUGCUGAACUUAUCACUUUUGUCUCAGGAAAAAUGCUGUAAUGAAGUUAAUGGCCACUUUUGUCCCUCAAUCUUUGAUCCUGCUUUCAAUCUUGCUUGUGGCUAAACUAUUGAGUAUAAAAAGUGUAGCCUUAAACUGGGCGUUGGUGGCGAACGCCUUUAAUCCUCCUAGCACUUGGGAGGCAGAGGCAGGCAGAUCUCUGUGAGUUCGAGGUCUACAGAGCGAGUUCCAGGACAGCCUCCAAAGCCACGAGAAACCCUGUCUUGAAACCCCCCCCCAAAAAGUGUAAACACUGGGGCAGCCAUCCCUAUUUGCCCUCAAAUCAUUUCAGUUCCCAGUUCCUCAUCCGCCUCCCCACUCCCCCACCAACUCCACAACUCCUCUUUGGGACUUGAACCCUUCUGGAGCUGAACUCCAGCAGGCAUGGGCUCUGGUUUUGUUUUGUUUUGAAUUCAGUAAUUUGGAAUAUGUGAACUUAAAGAGAAAAAUAUAGAGCCAAGAGAUUUUAAGGGGGGUUGGGGAAGAGGGCAGAUGGUCAUUGGAUAGAUGGACAUGAAAGCAGAAGGAGGACUACUAUUGCGGAGAAGGGAGACCAAAAGGAGGUGGUCAGAGGGCAAUGAGGAAGGGGAUGAAUAAGAGUGUAUAAUAGUCUUAUGUAUGACAAUUCCAUAACAAAACUCAUUACUUUGCAUGCUAAACUACAUAAAAAUAAAAGUAAAAAAUAGGAAGAAA